CUGGAGACAUUUGUCCAACAGCGCACGUUUAGAAGAAAGGCUGCUGGACAGAAGACCGUUACUGUUUUCAGAUACACACUGAUCUCACUAACAAGCUGUCAGUAUGCCCACUGAUGCCCAGGCAGACGCCCGCUCUUUCCUGAGUGAGGAAAUGAUUUCUGAGUUCAAGGCUGCCUUCGACAUGUUCGACACCGAUGGGGGCGGUGAUAUCAGCACCAAGGAGUUGGGUACCGUCAUGAGGAUGUUGGGUCAGAACCCAACCAGAGAGGAGCUGGAUGCCAUCAUUGAAGAAGUUGAUGAAGAUGGCAGUGGCACUAUCGACUUUGAGGAGUUUUUGGUCAUGAUGGUGCAGCAGCUAAAAGAAGAUCAAGCUGGCAAAUCCGAAGAGGAGCUAUCUGAAUGCUUCCGUGUCUUUGACAAGAACCAAGAUGGAUUCAUUGAUCGUGAGGAGUUUGGGGAUAUCAUGCGCGCCACUGGCGAGCCAUUGGCAGAAGAAGACAUAGAUGAACUCAUGGCAGAUGCGGACACAAACAAAGAUGGAAAGAUUGAUUUUGAUGAGUUUCUUAAAAUGAUGGAGAACGUCCAGUAAGAAAAACUUACAUUCCACGCCCUCCAAAUCUCAAAGAAAGCAAGUCAAGAUGUUAAAGAACAAUUCAGGCUGAGAUCUUUCAAGAAAAAGAGUGCUGAGGACACAACAACACCCUAAUUUAAAUCUCUGAAUGUAAAAAAAUGGGCUAGAAUUUGCUUUGAGGGACAGAGAAUAUUAUAGAUCAGUGCCGUCUCCUUGGCGAUGUUCCUCGGGGACCACAAUAUGAUGGUCUCUAUAAAUAACUAUCCAACCCUUUUAAGAGGAAACCAUACCCUCAGCUGUCCCCACACCUGCUUCUUCCCAAGACAUUCUCCAACCUUCCGUCAAGCCCCUCUCCCUUUACAGAUUCAAAAUAGCCUUGCUAAAAGAAUUACCUUGGAAACUGACUUAAUGUUGUGUUGUCAUAGAGAUAAGAAAUCUCUUUCCUCUAGCUUAUGUUAACAGUAUUUUUGCAAAUCUAUUAAAAAGGCAUGUUUUGGCAAUCUACCUACUUGUUUAUUUGUGAAUGUAUUAUCUAAAAUGAUCUCCUUGUGUUAAUAGUAUUAAUCUCCGAAAUAUUCAAUUUCAAGCUAUAACUGAGACUCAUGUGAUCUUAUCAGCCACAUUGCCUAUAAUUUC